UUGUGAUUGAAGGAAAUGACAAGUAUUAACCAGUCGCAUUUUAGUAUAUCUAGCGUGCUUUGAAAAAUAAACGAAACCUGUACAAUUGCAAAGAAAUCCGAUAUUAUGAUCGCAUUAAACAUACUGCUGGUCCUGUGCUCGGUUCAUCCUCUUGUCAACGGGGUGGGUUUUCGUGGAUUUACUUUUCAUGGUUUGGAGGAGCCAGAGCCGUUAACAAAAUAUGCGGGCAACAAUAUAGUUGACGGUUGGAUCACUCAGCCUCUCGAUCAUUUCAAUCAUCGAGACAAUCGCACCUGGUCGAUGCGUUACAAAGAAAACUCCGCGUUUCUGAAGAAAGAUGGGCCUAUUCUAAUCAUGAUCGGCGGAGAAUGGGAGAUAACAAAUGGGUUUUUGGAAGGUGGACUAAUGUAUGAAAUCGGCGUAGAAUACGGCGGUUUGAUGUAUUACACCGAGCAUCGAUUCUACGGACAGAGCAAGCCAACAAAAGACAUUAGAUCGGAAGA